AUGUCGAAGGCCGUAAACAACAUGAGCAUGGGCAUUGUGGAGCCGCAACAGCGCAUGAAGCAUCUAACGCAAUAUGGCAAUCUUAUCGAGGUGGAUAAAAAUAUGCAAAUUACGCGCUACUAUCGCUCUGGCACUGAGAUGCUGCGCAUGGCGAACGUUUACCAGAAUGAGGGCAACCACGAAAACGCCUUCAUACUGUACAUGCGAUACAUGACACUGUUUAUCGAGAAGAUACGUCAGCAUCCCGACUAUGGCAGCAUCAAGGCUGACGUGAAGGCCAUAACCAAGCGCAUCAAGGACGAAAUCUUGCCCACAACAGAAAAGCUGCGCGCCAAGCUUUUGUCUCACUACCAACGCGAAUACGAACAGUUUCUUGCUAGCAAGGAGGCGGAGCGUGUGCGCGAGUUGCAGCGGGAACAGGCCAACAGGCAGGCGGCGGCAGCUGCUGCUGCCAAUGCGAUUCCUUCGCUUAUACCCGCCAACUUACAUGUGCAAAUCGAUGCAAACAAUCAGCCAACAGCACCAGAUCUCAGUUUACUCGACCAGGUGGUCUAUCCCAAUGAUUUUCCCACGGGCGCCAAUCGUACGAAUUUACCCAGCUCAGGGCUGCUACUGCCAAAUGCAGCAGCCGCUGACGCUGCUACCAAUGACAAGACAGCCAAUGCAGCAUCGAAGCCCGCCUUUGAUCGCAACCAAAAGCCGCAAUACAGUCGCGCCGAUUCCUUACUAGCUGGCUCCUUGCGCACUGUCAACGUACCUGGUGACACCAUGGAAGUGUUUUUGAAACUGGCCUAUAACAACACUAGCAAAAAUAUUGAGACUUGUGGCGUGCUGGCUGGACAUUUGGCUCAUAACGAGCUCAACAUUACCCAUAUAAUAACGCCGCAGCAAUCUGGCACGCCCGACAGCUGCAACACCAUGCAUGAGGAGGAGAUCUUUGAUGUGCAAGAUCAGCUGCAGCUCGUCACUCUAGGCUGGAUACAUACUCAUCCGACGCAAACAGCGUUUCUAUCAUCUGUGGAUUUGCACACACAUUGCUCGUAUCAAAUCAUGAUGCCCGAGGCAAUUGCAAUUGUGUGUGCUCCCAAGUACAAUACUACUGGUUUCUUUAUACUAACGCCGCAUUACGGCUUGGAAUACAUUGCGCAGUGCCGCGAGACUGGAUUUCAUCCGCAUCCCAAUGAUCCGCCAUUGUUUAUGGAUGCACAGCAUAUAAAGGUCGAUGCGCAGUCAAAGAUUAAGGUCAUCGACUUGCGCAGAUAAUAUGCUGAGUGCUUCAUCUAGAGCUAAAGGCUUCACUUAUUCGCUACCAGCAGCACAUUUCAAAUGCCGAACCCAAUGCAAAGCAUCGGAAAACAACCAAAUUGCUAGUAUAUUGCAAAAAGUUUAUUUGAGUAGCGUUAGCAAUUAAUAUGCAACGCACUAAAGUGAUAAAUUCUAUUCUUUUAACAUUCAGAAAUUCGUGUGUGUACUUGUACCUUGAAGAGUGUGCAAAAAUUGAAGAUUUUACUAUGUAGUACUUUAUAUUUAUACUAAUUAUAUAGCAGGCAUUUAUAUUAUAACUAAUUAUUUUGAGAUUCUUGUCACUAUGCAUUCGAAUUUUAAAGUCUGCUUUUCUUAAACUUAUUUUAUGUGAUUUACAACAGUGGCUUAAACCUUGUUUAAACUAAUUUUACCUACAGCUAUUUAAUACGUGCAAUUCAAUCUGGCAAUGCAAUGAAUGCUAUGCACGCAACACCUAUUCUACACUUAAUAUUGUUACUAUAUUUUUGGCUAAUAAUUAAUAUGUUAAUGAAAAUGAAACAAAGAAAACAUGUUAUUUAUGCU